AUGUCUGAAGUCCAGAUGCUCCCGAAUCGUCUUGUCAAGCGUAGACCCGUGCCUACGUAUCCGGGCGGCAGCGAAGCUCCUGCUGACGCCCCUGCUGACGCCCCGGUAUAUCAUGGGGCUGACGAGGCCAUCCCGGAGCUGGAGAAGGGAAAACAUUCGAAAUGGCGGAUGUCAAACCCCUUUGACAAGAAGACCAAGAGCAAAGAGAAGAGCAAGCGAGACUCCGUACCGACACUCCAGAGGAACCCUCAUGAUUCAGCGUAUUUUAGUGCCAAUGACCCAGGUAGCUCUGUCUCUGAGAUUGGUUCAACACCGAACCAGCAACCCGUUGGACGCAUGGCGUCCCGAGACCACCUCGUGCCUCCGAACAGGCAAAACGAUGGCAUAUCCAUCGAUCGUUAUGCUGACCGUUCUACAUCCGAUAAGUCACCAUCUGAGACAGCAACUUCGGAGCCCCCACGAGCAACACAGCGCGGCACCACCAACGACCAACGUGUCCAAACGACAACCACAACCACAACCGUGACCGAAACUCGCGUUCUUGGCGGCGAAAAUGCUGUAACAAAUCCCGUCGUCAGCAGCGCAGACCAAGGCACGUCCAACACCACCGACAUCCAGCAUACCGAAACCGCACCUGUACAUGUCCCCAACCCGAAUUCUCAAUCCCGCCCAACAUAUCCCCGCGCACCGUCAGGUCCAACAAUCCCAUACCGCAGCCCAAAUCGCGAACGAGCAGAGCUCAAUGCCGUCUCAACGCCUCAGCCCCAGCUCUCAGAGACGCAGCCACAAUAUCCAGUCCCUCGAUACUCUCAGCAGAACCAACAUGGCGAAGCGCCAAUCGCACCACCCGUGUCACCCUCUCGCACAAACUUCUCCUACCCGCGCCAUCAAGCCACAACCUCUGGCGGUGCAAGCACCGGCAUACCUGCUGGCAACCCACACCCAGCCCCUUUAACCCCGGCCUACGUCCCAGACAACAGUAAAUCCGAGACGGGCUCCCGCAUUGGCACUAUCGCCGAUCUCAAAGCAGCAGCUAGCACUCUGCAUGGUGCAGGCGAGGCUCUCCGCGGCACACUGUCCAGCGCCACCGACCGCGCGUUUCACGGGCAUGACCCCGCCGUACUGGCGCAGCACGAGCAGAUUAUACGUGAUGGGCAGCGACAGAUGGCGACGGGCAGGGUCGGCAGUCAGGGCGAGGCACGCACCGGGGGUCGGAUCACGGAGCGGAUCAGCGGUGGUAUUGGGAAGGUUGGAUUGCGGGGAAGUGGAAGAGAGGGUGGACUGACGGGGAAUCCGGUGGAUGCGGCUGGCGUUGGGACUGGGGAUCAGGGUGGACUCGGGAGGGUUAUGGAAGAGAGGCGGUAA